GUAUUUAACAAUAUUAAUUACAGCGGUUACGAUCAUGAAUUCCGCGGCGACGAGGUGCGACCACGCGGUUCGAGCAGGGGUUGUAGAAGUUCCACGGAAAAACCUUAAUUCCGGAGCGCAGGACUUUCCCACCACCUUUCCGCGUUCAUGCAGAGACUGUCACGGUUCUCCCAUCUGCACCCACCCCGGACGGACGAGCUGCCGUGGCAAGCAGUCGGCUUCCUUCGUAGGGACAUGCGCAGCGACCCGCGGAACGACAGGUGCGCGCCGUUCGCCACGAAUCGCUUAGUUUCGGGUAAGCGUACGAAUCGGUCGUAUCGCGUUCACGCCGUCUCGUCUCUCAGGGCACAUCGGUCGCUGCUUCUCUCUCUUUCCUACCCCCUUAUAGCGUUUCUCGCUCUCUCGUUGCGGUUUUUCGGUCCAGACGCAUUCGACGCGUUUCGAACGCUGCACGAUCGCAGCCGCGCCGUGCGACCUCGGAUCACGACGACACCUGACACGGAUACACCAAAGGGAUCGUUCCUCGAAUUACCCCAUCGAGAAUCCUCCGGUUCGCACUUGUCGACGCCCUAGACCCCCCGACUUUCCCAGUUUCUCACCCGCUCCGUUUCUCUCCUUCUUUCUCGCUCGACACCGCGGGCUGCUCAGUAGCCCGCCGUUUAUCGAGCGUGCACGUGCUUCAGAGUUCGCUGCUUCCUUGUGUUCCGACUGACACGCUUUUAGCCAGCUAGGGGAACGGUUCCUGGCGGUUCCAACGGGUCGCUCCCGACGGAAUUCCGACCGUGACGCACUCGAAAGGUGUAUCCUUCCGGAGCUACCGCCGGAAUCCUCGACUCUUCCGCUUCCCCGAGCUCGUGCGGGCUUUCUGCGCCCGGAAUCAGAUGUCCGGCAGACCGAUCGCGGACCUCUGCCAAAGAACCACGGAUCCAGCGGUCCGAACCACCGGUUGUCCAGCUACCAUAGGACCGGUGUGAUCAUCGGCGAACUCUGCGACGCACCGAGUUCCUCGGUAGCUGGACUGGACCGUAAAUAUAUCGCGGUACUGUCGGUGUGUUUACCGCGUGUGAAGAUCAGGAUAGAGCGCCGUGAAGAGAUAGAUCACGGUGGAGUGGUGAGACGAAUGUGGUGCGUGAAGUAUUGAAUCGUGGUUCGUUCGUCGUCAGUUGCGAGGAUGGCUGGUAGACCGGAUUUACAGAACAGGACUAGGGGGAAGGACGCGGUCGCCACGAUCUUCCUGCUGCUUCUCGCGCAGUUUCAGCUUCUUCGAGACGUCAAAGGGAGCAGCGAGCCGUGGUUGAAGAGCGAAAAGCAAGCCGAGCUAGGAACAGAGGUGCAGCUGCCCUGCGUCCUAAAAUUGCCGCAAUGCGAAGGACUUCACAGCAUUAAAUGGUAUCGCGGCGCGACGCGUAUCUUCAUUUUCAGCGAGGAUGGCGGAAUAACACGCGGCAACGACGACAUCUCUGUCAGGUCGGAUAUAGAGUACAUGACAAAUUCAUCGAAAACUUUCUUGAAGAUUACGGAAGUCAAGAUAGAAGACGAGGGACUCUAUAAGUGCGAGGCUACAUACUUGGCAGUGAAUCGCGAGUGCAACAACGUUCAGCAUAUCACACUCAACGUCACUGUGCAACCUGCAUUUGUACGUGUCAUCGACGAAACUACGAAGAACACGUUAAGCACCGGCACCACUUUAGGACCAAUAAACGAAGGUUCGAUGGUUUCCUUGUACUGUGAGAGCGGCGAAGGAAAGCCAGUGCCUUUGGUCGAAUGGUUUAAAGGCGACCAACCGCUAGAAGCAACUAGUACGACAACGGUCGCUGACAACGGUGUAGGCACCGGGAGUAGCUUACUGCAGAUGCAUAUCACGCGUGACGAGCUGGGCGCCACUUUCACGUGCAAAGUUAACAGCAUAGCACUCGUCGAACCACUCACCGUCGACGUCAAACUGGAUGUUCACGUGCGACCUCUGAAGAUGGAUUUAAACGGAGUGGUAGGCCACGCCGUGCAAGGAACGAAGAUCCUACUUCAGUGCACCGUACGAGCAGCGAGACCAGCUGCGAACGUCACCUGGCAGAACGGCACCGACUACUUGAACGAAAGCAACGACAGAUUCGAGAUGUUCGAGACGAAAGUGCACGAGAAUGACGAUGGCACGUCGGAAACUAUAAGUUACCUAGCUUUUACCGCCUCGGAAUACGAUAACGGUAGAACGUUCAAGUGUUACGCCGAGAACUCGGUUACACGUUCCGACAACCUGGAACCGAUGAAAGAGACGACCACGAUUGAAGUUUUAUAUCCGCCGAUAAUUCGAAUGAGACCCGAAAACAUCACCGUCAACGAGACCGAAAAUUUCAUAUUAUUUUGCGACUACGAAGCCAACCCAGCUACCUUGCUAAAAGUAACAUGGUUACGAGACGACGAGGAAUUAGUUUUAACCGACGACCAUUACGACGGUGGGACUUCGGAGCAAACGGACCUCACCGUGAAAAAUGCAACACCUAGCGAUCAAGGCACUUACAGAUGCAUCCUAGACAAUAACAUUGGUCCAUCCGUUUCGGAAGACAUCAUUGAGGUCUCCGUGUUUUAUAAACCUGUGGUCGAAGUGAUAAUGGAUCCGGAGGCACCUGUAAACGAGGCGGACCGUUUGAACGUCUCUUUGACCUGCGAAGUUGCUUCUGGAAAUCCAGCGAGCCUGACCGCGGUCCGAUGGUAUUUGGACGGGCACCUGCUGAAAGAACUUCCGGAUUGCACGAGAAAUAGCACCGCGACCACCACGACCACCGAGGAAUCUUUAAUUUUCUGCGAUAUCGAUCCGAGCAAGUUGCUGUUGGAAGCAGUGGGACGUUCCUUUCACGGGAACUACUCUUGCGAGGGCAGAAACGACGCUGGCUGGGGACCACUUUCGCCGAGUGCGCCUGUUAUAGUCCAUUACAAACCAGGCCCGGCCUCGAUCUCGUACGAACCUCAGCAGGUAAUAAAGAAGCGACCGUUGACCAUCACGUGCUUCGUCCUGGACCCAGGACGCCCAAAGGUAGUUGGCUUCAAAUGGUUACGAGGCCUUCACAGACUUCCGGAUGAAAACGACGCUACCCUUACCAUCGAAUCGGUUAAUUUGGAAACUGAAGCGAACUUUACUUGUCUCGCUUACAAUGAAGCCGGCGACGGGGAUCCGGCCACCACGUUUAUCGACGUGUCUGCGGCGCCAGCCUUUAUCAAGAAACUGCUUCCUUAUCACGGGUACGUGUACAAUUCCCCGAACGUUAGCAUCAUGUGCUGGGUCGAGUGCGCGCCAAUUUGCAAUAUUUCCUGGCUGAAGGACGGCAUUCCCAUGGAUUUCUCUAAAACGAAUCGAUACUAUCUGUCGAACGUUCAUCAUCCGCCCGAUCCACAAACGAACGACUUUGAGAGCAUCCAGUCGACCCUGGUGUGGAACUUGACCGCCUGGUCGGGCGGACAGCUCGACCGGGUCGAAGACAACGUCAAAUUCACUUGCGAGAGCACCAGCAACGGCAUCGGUCCUGGAGUCAAAAGCAGCACUCAUUUUCACGUGGAAUUUCCCCCGGAGAAUAUGACGAUCUCGAGGAAAAUAAUAAACGUCAUCGUCGACACGAUACCGGAAACGGUGAACUGCAACGCGAAGGCGCAUCCGGAGCCGACGUUCCGCUGGUUUCGGGAGGGCUCCACGGAUACCAUCGUCGAAGGUCGUGUUCUCGAUUUGAAGGUGCCCGUGCCGCGAAGGAGCAGCGGAACUUACUACUGCGAGGCCCUGAAUCGCCACGGAAGCAGAAACAUCUCCAUGGUCAUGAAUGUUCAAUUUAAGCCCGAAUGUCACGUGGAAAAGGAACGAAUAGACGGCGAGGAUUACGUGGUGUGCUCCGCGAUAGCUAAUCCAAAGGAGACCGAUUUCGUUUGGGCAUUGAAGAAUGACAACGACACGUUGGAACAGAUCGCCGAGAUACGAAAUGGGAAAAGCUACAUUCGACUCGAUACAUCGGUGACAAAUUUCCGGACAUACGUUUGUAUCGCGAACAAUUCUAUUGGCCAGUCCACCCCAUGCGAACGGGACGUUCCAGCUCACCAUGGACACAGAAGUCAUAUACCGUGGUGGCACCAAUUGGAAGGGAAUCUCCUUUUGAUCGUCAUCGUGGCUGCGGUCGUCCUCAUACUUGUGAUAAUAAUCAUCUGCGUGGCGAUCUUCAUCGUCUGCCGACGCAAACGUAGCCAGAUGAAAUACAGUAAUCGGGUGGUCGAGCUGGAGGAACGCGAACAUCCCGACGGUGGGCCACCGAGUCCUACGGUGUCCUCGCACUCGACCCAGGCACCUGUGCAUCCGACACCGGCGCCAAGGUGGCCGUUGAAGCCUGGCGUGCUGGUGCACAUCAAUCGGAGCCACAGUCUGCGAUCGGGUCUCAGCGUUCGUGCCAGCGAGACCCUGCGAAACGAACUGAUCGCCAGACGACGCGACGAGCCGAUGGCCGAUCGAUUCCUAAUGGAAACGACGAUCGUCAAAGUGCCAGCCAAAGUGUUCCGCAGGAGGAAGGAGAACGCGCGGAGGAGUCUGACCGUCUCUAGUCUGCAUGACGACGGUAUGAUUGCCAGGGCUAAUAAGAUUAAAGCCAUGUUUGGAGUACAGCUUAAAGAGCAGGCCACUUUGCCGGGCAUUUCCAGAGAGAAGACAGCUGUGACUUACAAAAGAAUAGCGCCACGGCAGCGGAUAUUGCAUGCGGAAUCAUCGUGCGAAUUGAAUCGUGGCAACGUUUCCCGUAAGCGGAAAAAACCUGGCGCAGAUCCCAAUCAAGCUGCGAAUAACAAUCACGUGAACAGCGUGUCGGAGGGUCUACCCGAGCCCGGGGCAAAGACGUUUUACGAAAACCUGCCUUUCCACGGGAUCCAAACACCGCCUAACAAGUUGGCCCUCGCGCUCCUCUGUAUUGGACUGGCAACGUCAGAUUUAUCGCCAUAUAAACCAAGGGGAUGGCGUCCUAAUGGUCAACGCUUUAAUCCCACCAACAAUCGAUUGCAUGCGUAUUACGGACCCCCUGGAUUAUCAGCCUAUGGACCUCCAGACUCGACAAGCCAACCCCCAAUUUUCACCACCACCCAACCUCCAAGGACAACGACGACGAUGAAAACCACAACGACCCCGCGAACCAGAGAGCCCACGACGCCCACACCAUCGAGCACUCCCGAGGAAGAUUUCGAUAACAACCCAGCACUGGCCAUCGCGAACUCCUUCGCCUUUAAUCGACCCGUUUACAUAUACAACACUUUCCCGUUCUUGCCUGGCCAGAUUUUGGUCAAAUGACGACUCGCCGAACCCUCGACAAUCGUCCUGUACCACGCGAAUGACCGAUGACUGUAUGUAAAAUAAAACACCAUUGCCAUCGGGGCUGUUCGAAUGAAUUUAUAGUUUUGCUUACCGGAGACGGUGAAAUCGUUCCUGAUUAAAAGAGAUCGAGAUUAUAGGUUGCCAAGGAUCAAGAAUCCACUGGCUCGAUGUAUAUAAAAUCUUGUUUUUGAAGUAUAAAGAUGUAAUUUUGUUUGAAGAAUAUAUUCGAUUGAAACCUUCUCACGCGUUACAUUGUUAACAAUCAACAAGGCGAAUUGAACGAAAACAAGAAUUAACGAUUUCUAGUGUACAAUAAAAGGGAUUAAACCCGAUUGUACCGUGGUUGAAACGAAGUCUCACUCCACUUGAUGCUUGCAGCUUUACACAAAUUUAAGCAAUUAACUUCGAAUUUAGAUAAUGACCCUCUAAACAUAACCAUCCGUUUUCGGAUAUGUGCUGCUUCACCGGCAACCGCUGCGGUGAGCAAUAAAAACCGCAACGAUGCCUCGGAAACAGAGAAUCAGAGUCGUUAAACGCUUCUACGGAAAGCUUCUGACGCAAAUUGAUCUACAAUUACGCUGAAAAUUUCCCUUCCAUCUGUAAAAUUUAAAGAAAUUUUCAUUGUUAUGUAGACUUGUUAUUAUUUCCUGUGAUUAAUAAGCAACUGCACAUUACAUUUAGAAAAUAGUUUCUCUCGACGAAUUGAGAAUGUCUAUUUUGCUUUAAGGAACUGUGUGGAUACAUAAGUUUAUUUGAAUUAAUCGACAGUGCCUCGUAUUCUACUCCGUAAUUUCCGACUAAUAAUUAAUCACGCGGAACAAUGACACGUGUAGGGUUAACUUUAUAAUUGCAGAUUACAUCAAUUAUAUUGUAAUAUUACAAUAUAUUUUGCAUAUUUUGGUGCGUGGAGUAAUUCUCACAUUGUUACGCACAUUUAAUUUAAAUAAAAUAUGCAAACCGCGAGUUACGUGUAGCGGAAAUGAUUCUGUAAACGCAAUGAAACGUAAACGUAAAGUUUUGCAUGGUAUGUAAACGUACAUACUAAAUAGUAAGAAACGAUACUCUAUAAAGGAUCGAUUUAUUUAUUGACACAAUUCUCGUAACAUUGUUGCUUCUUUAUUUCGCUUAGUCUUUCAUAACUUGACGCUAAACUACAUAUUUUAUAUACAAUGUUCUGGAAAUAGUAAUUUCUUUUUCUCGCGUUAACGCUAAUAAAACGAGCCUACAAAUUAUUAUUAGAGAAAAUCAGAUUACAUUGAUUCUUGCUAAAUAACUAGUCACAAAUUUUUAAAUAAACAGAAUGAACAAAUGCCUCAGACAUUCCUUACGAACAAAUAUGUAAUAGAAAUGAAAACUUCGAGAUGUAAAACAUGGGAAUAUCUUCUCGAUGCGAGUAACAAAGUAGAGAGCUUAACAUGAAAUAUUGUCUCGUUCCAAGUUACGUUAUAAGUCAUGUAAAAAUAAAAUCCUUGCGCCAUUGCAAAUAUUCGCGAUACACGAAAAUUUUAGGAGAAACAAAGAAGGAUUCUCUGUGAAUUCCAACAACGGAAAAUAAAAUUCCUGUCAAGCAGUCGUAACCUUUGAUUUGUUGCAAGAAAAGUUGAGAAUACAAAGGAUAUGUAUGGCACGGACAGUGAAGCGAUGUCACCAUUUUAUUUUCCGUUGACGAAGUUCGAUUUUGAACCAGGCAGCCAUUCGAGUGUCGAAUAUAAAAUGAAAUAGUUGCGUUGGAUUUUAAAUGCCAUGUUAACGUGAGUGGCAGGUCAAAGUAAAUGUCAGCGUAGUUAUAAUUCGGUGAAAAAUGCUUCCACAAAUAGACCACAUUAGUCUUGUCAUUGUAUUUUUGUACAGGUCUAUCCGUACAAGACACGUGUGCUUGUAAACCAAAAUCAGUAUAAAAAAUCGCACCCAACAAAAAUAAUGUGGUUCGUAGAGUACACGUUUAAAAAAUAUCAGGGUCGUUAUUCCCAUGGAUUUAUAUUUCAUAUGUUAUCGAUAAUCGAGGAACAGCGCCUUUUAACGCUGAGUGCAGAAACAAGGGUGUAAUAUAACGCGUAAUGCAACAACGUUAAAUAUAUUUCUUUAUGCAAGAGAAAUAUUUACGAAAUAAAAU